AUCAAACAAUAUAUAGAUUUUUCAGUUUUGUAUAAUAAAAGAGAGAGAGAGAGAGAUAUGAGGAUGUUGUUAUAUUAUUUCGUAUUCUUCUUCUUGCUCAUCCAUUCUCAACUUUUCAUUUCAUCAUCUUCGUCUUCUCCUGACCAUGCACCCCAAUGCCAUCCUGAUGAAAGCUCUGCCCUUCUCCAACUCAAGACCUCAUUCAAAUUUAUUGGCAUUUCAAGUUUCCUAUCAUGUAAUCAUGGAUUAAACGACGAUGGAACUCCAUACGACGUAACAGCCGUUUGGAAUAAGAAAACUAAUUGUUGCACGUGGGACAGAAUCAUGUGUGACAACGUUACAGGCCAUGUAAUCGGUUUGGAUUUGUCUUGUUGCAGCCUUCAAGGCACUAUCAAUUCCAACAGCACUCUCUUCAAACUCCACCAUCUCCAAAGUCUCUAUCUUUCUGAUAAUGAUUUUAGAGAGUCCUCUUUUGUGCCAGAGUUUGGCAAAUUCAAGAAUAUGACCUCUCUUGAUCUGAGCAACUCCAACUUCAGUGGUCAUGUUCCUUUAGAGAUAUCCCAUCUUUCCAAAUUGGUUUAUCUCGGACUUGGUGGGGUUUCUUCUCGACCCGAUGGGCACUGGGGGUAUAAAGUCAUGAUAGGGGAAAAUACCUUUAAAGCACUUUCUCAAAACUUAUCCAACUUGAUAAGUUUCUACCUAGCUGGUACUGAUUUGUCUUCUCUCUCACCAGUAAUCUCUUUAAAAAAUUUCUCCUCUUUAGCUGGUAUUGAUCUCGACAAUUGUAAGUUGAGUAGGAAGCUACUAGAGAGUAUUUUUGAGUUGUCGAAUCUCAUCGGUCUUUCUUUAGCAGAUAAUGAAACACCAAAUGUCUCUCUCCCAACAUCUAAUUGGAGUAGUGCACUUAACAGUUUAACUCUCCAUAAUAACACCUUCUCCAUUAACUUACCUCUUUUAUUGAAAGAUAUCCCAAAAUCUUUGUCUUCUUUGGAAUUAAGUUUCAGUAACUUGGUUGGUCCACUUCCGGACAACAUUCAAUUUUAUGACUCGUCAAACCAUCUCGUGCAUAGUGCUCCAAAUUUCACUGAAUUGAUUUUAUCAAACAACUUACUCAACGGGACAAUACCAACAUGGAUAUAUGCCCUACCGUAUUUGGAGCAUUUAGACCUCAGCGACAACCAAUUUACUGGGGAGAUAAUUCGUGAUUUUGAAACUACUUCAUUCGGUGAAACUGUGUUUUUGGGCAUCACUCCAAGAUCCACAUUUCAAAGUCAAAACCUCCGAGAUUUGGAUCUCUCAUCAAAUAAGUUUAGUGGUACUUUGGAAUUGGAAAAGCUUUUAAUUUCCAAAAGGUUAGUAUAUCUUGACCUUUCCUCUAAUAAUAUUUCAGUAACCUUUGGAAACACCAAAAACUAUAGUUUGGAUAAUCUUGAGGAAUUAUAUCUGUCUUCUUGCAACAUUACUGAGUUCCCACACAUUUUAAAAUCUUCAAAAAUAUUAUCUACCUUAGAUCUCUCCCAUAAUCAGAUUCAAGGAAGUGUUCCUAAAUGGUUAUGGGAGGUGGGAAAGAAUUCUCUCUACAACUUGACUCUCUCUCACAAUUUUUUAACAUAUAUAGAGCCUCUUCCAUGGAAUGGGCUAGGAUACCUUGAUCUUAGCUCCAACUUGUUUUCAGGACCUCUUCAAGUUAUUGCAUCAUCUUCUCUGGGGUUCUUCUCAGUAGCCAAAAAUCAAUUUGUGGGAGAGAUCCCAACUUCCUUUUGCAACAUGUCAUUCUUUGGGGUGCUUGAUUUAUCUUCGAAUAACUUGAGUGGUAUCAUUCCUCGAUGCAUUGUAAAACAUAGUAAACUUCUUUCGGUCUUGAAUUUUUCUAGGAACAAAUUUUAUGGUACUAUCCCCAACACAUUUUCAGUAGGAAGUACUUUGAGAAAUCUCAAUCUAAAUGGAAAUCAUUUAGAAGGCUCAUUGCCAAGAUCACUAGAAUAUUGCAGAAAUCUUGAAGUUCUAGAUCUUGGAAAUAACAUCCUCAACGACUCAUUUCCUCACUGGCUAGACUCUCUUCCAGCCUUACAGGUUUUAGUCUUGAGAUCUAAUAGGUUUUAUGGUUCGAUAAGAAAACCUAAAAUCAAAGAUCCUUUUCCUGAGUUAAGGAUUAUAGAUUUGUCCCACAAUGAGUUUGAUGGUGCUCUUCCAACAAAAUACUUUGUCAACUUCAAAGCUAUGAUGAAUACAGAGAAUGUCCAACUGAAGUACAUGGGAGAGGAUUAUUACCAAGACUCUAUAAUAGUGACCAUGAAAGGAAAUGAGUUAGAGUUGGUGCAUAUCCUAACUAUCCUUGUAACUCUUGAUUUCUCAUGCAAUAAUUUUAGUGGAGAGAUUCCAGUGUUCCUUGGAGGGCUGAACGCACUCAAGGGCCUCAACAUUUCUCAUAAUAUGCUCAGAGGUACCAUACCAUCAUCAUUGGGAAAUUUGACUAACCUUGAGUGGUUAGACCUCUCUGCUAACAAGCUAAGUGGGAAUAUUCCUUUGCAGUUGACCGAUUUAAUAUGGCUCCAAAUCUUAAACCUUUCAGAAAACAAACUCGUGGGACCAAUACCCAAUGGUAAGCAGUUCAAUACUUUUAGCAAUGAUUCAUUCAAAGGAAAUUUAAAUUUGUGUGGUUUUCCACUGUCCAAACCAUGCAAUGAGGAAUAUGAAGGAUCAACCAUGGAGCAAGAAAAUGAAUCGAAGGAUGCAAAUGGAUUUACUUGGAAAGUUGUGCUGUUGGGGUAUGGAUGUGGCUUUGUGUUUGGGAUCUUCAUAGGUUAUAUUAAUUUUUUCUCAAAUGGAAGAGCAGGUUUGUUUGUAAAGUGGUUGUAGUAGAGCAAUGUGGUGUCAUAAUUGGCAAGGAGUGUCUGUUAUUUAUUUAGAUUUAAUUAUAUUUAGCCUCAUGUUGUAAUAAAACUCAUGUUGGUGUUGUAGUAUUUUGUGUUUUUAUUAUUUUUCUCUUUUUUUUCUUGUCUUUUUGGGUGGUAUAAAUUUAUAAAAUAAUGUCUUGGAGUAAAUAAGAGUAAUUAGUUUCCUUAUUAUUA